AUGUCUUCUGGUCGCAACGCAUCCUGCACCCUCGUCGGCGACGGCGUCACUGGCUCCAUCUCGUUCGCUCAGGAGAACGCUGAUGCACCCACUACUGUGACUGUGGAGAUCACCGGGCUCACCCCGGGCAACCAUGGCUUCCACAUCCACCAGUACGGCGACCUCACCGAGGGCUGCAAGUCGACGGCCGGCCACUUCAACCCGUUCGGCAAGACCCACGGCGCACCGUCUGACGACGAGCGUCAUGUGGGCGACCUCGGCAACGUCACCGCCGGUGACGAUGGCUCGGUCUCGACCUCGAUCACCGACGCGCAGGUCACGCUCUUUGGCGAGCACUCGGUUGUUGGCCGCGCCAUCGUCGUCCAUGCUGGCGAGGAUGACCUCGGCAAGGGCGGCCACGACGAUUCGCUGACCACCGGUCAUGCCGGCGGCCGCGUCGCCUGCGGUGUCAUCGGCCUCACCGCCUGA